UGGUUAAUCCGUGACCCUUAUUCCGUGUUUCAGACCGGCUACGCAGGCCAUUUCUGCGUUGACACUGUGGCGGAAAGAGAAAGCGAAAUGGCCUGCAAGGAGAAAAACUUAAACGAGAAUUCCAGCAACAUAACAGAACAUGAUAUUCAGAAACUUUCAGCAAACGAAAGGAACACCUUUGAAGAUGAGUUGUGCAAAGAGUACACCUGCGCAGUUAUCGACUCGCCCAGCGAUGUGUUUUUGUAUCGUUCAUUCGACGACAGGACAGUACAUAAUGAAGAACUGGACUGGAAAGUUGGUCGUCCUUCUUUCUAUAAAUCUACGCUUCGCUGUCUAUUUUUCGCUUUUUCUACAACAAUCAUCUUCGGAAUACCCUUAGGAGUUUAUACAGCCACACUCGCUUGGCUUGAUUUGCGGCUGGCAGAGGCAUGUUACAGCAAAGCUUGGAAGGGGCUCCCAGUUUCUAUUAAGCGAGUGAGACUAACAGCACAAGUGGUUGAAGGGGUAUUUAUUCAGUUUUGGUCGUUCAGCGCAUUGCUUUUCAUGUUUGGAAUAAAGCAACUCAAAGAUCUCAAUAUUCCUGUUUGGAACGUUCUCGCUGCAUCAUUUGACGCUAUUUACCGCUUAUUCUUACAUACAUAUGGCGUAUACCAUCACUCAUGGACAUCAUAUCCACUGAAUGUGUUAUUUGUAGCAAUAACAACAUUCAACUUCUACCGGAUAACGCUGCUUUUUUCAAGAGACAUAAAGCCACGUGUCAUUCUUGCGGCCAAACUUGGCAUGGGGUUUAUUUUUGGUACACCCCUGUUCAUAUUGAUGAACUACCUUCUGUUCCCCGUCUAUGCCAGGGUCCCUUCAGACACAACAAAGGCUGUUUUCUCUGUCUUUCUCCCAGUUGUCUUUAUUCUGCCAAAGGCUGUCAUAAAUGUGUGCCUUGUUGAUGUGUCAGAUUAUUGUAGUACUAGAUAUUCCUCCAUUCUAGUAGUUGGCUUUCAUACAAUUGUGAUAAUUAUUGCACGAUUUCUUCAAGCAAAUAUUGAAGAAAUUAAAAUUUUCACAAUCAUUUGUGUGGUCCAUGGACUUGAAAGCCUUUUUGAUAAGUUAACAUUGAACUUGCGACUAAAAGCAUACCGUAAACUCUGCAAAUCAUGUGCAGGAAUUCAGGAUGGGAAGGCACAGGAAAAGAAACGCCAAUCGGCAAUGAAUAGACUACUUGCUGAGCAGUCAAUUUCAGGCAUGAUCUUGGAAACUGACACUAUUCUUUUCAGCUGUGCCUUAGUUGCUAUAUUAACCUUUUACUAUGGCAAUGGAAAUAACAAGUGGAAUGACAUGGUAACUCCAUUUGUAGAAAGAGUCAGUAUUGCAGCUUCAAUUGAGUUAAUAUUCAAUUUACUAUGUACAAAGGUUCUUACAUAUUAUUACAAUAUCCCAGUUAUUCGGGUCUGGAGAAAAAGAUGGUGGUGGAUUAUUGCUGGGAUGUGCACAUACACUGCAUAUGCAACACUCUACUGCACUGAAUAUUUGUAUCAACCAAUUGUCUCACAUGGUUUAUACAACAGGAGCAAACUGGCAGCCUGUCCUAACACAACAAUUGCCAUGUGAAGAAAACAUCUUGCAAAAUGAAUAACUGUAUGUUAAACCAGACAAGUGUUUUCUUUAUCCUUUAAUUUUUGUGGUGCAACUAGCAUCAAUAGCAAAAAAGAAUCUGCUUUUUACAGACUAAUAAAUCUACAGCAGCCGAAGUGAUGACUAAAUUUCAUAUUUUCAGUUUGUAAUAGGCGUGAUACUUACCAAUAUGAUGUUCAAGUUUUUAUCAAGACAAAAAUCCCAAAAUAGACUUUAUAACAUUUUGGGUUCAAGGAUGUGGGAGGUCAAGUUCUUUUUCUGUUUAGUUGGUAGAAAUCUUUAGCUUAAUGUUAGAAAGCUAGCAAUUUUACUGGUUAGAAAGCAGCCUGUAUGCUGGGGUGAAAUAUUAGUAUUUAUUAAAUUCAUAUUAUAUUUAAUUCUAUUUCACUA